AUGGUCUGGUAUAGGAGAGAAAGAAGAACAGGAAAGAAGAAGAAGAAGAAGAAGAAAGGAGAAGAGGACAUGAAGACAGAUUUCCUCACAUCGCAUCGUGUGAUAAUUUUCAUGCUUAGUCGCCAAAUAUUGAAGUCAUGA